GACGAGAGGAGAAGGCAGAAGGAUGCAGUAGUGUAAACAACUCCAAUGAAGAAUGGCACUAGAACGGCAGUUAAGAAUUUGGCAGGUGGUCAUUUUGUGUCUUUGGUUUGAGCAAGCGCUGCAGGAUCCCAAUGGCCCACCGGUGUUUGAUGCAAACCUGAUGUUUGAGUUUUUGUUGGGUGGGCUGGAACUCAACCAGGACAACAACAUUCUCCUCCUGGAUGAGGAGAUGGCAUCCAUGAGGCCGGGCCGGUCCUUCUUGACUCACAUCAAUGACAACAUCCCCAGAAGUCUGAGCUCCAUGCAGCAGAAGAUCGACAUGCUGAAGACUCAGAAUCGGCGGCCACUGACUGGGGAUCAGUUUGAGAGUCUCGUCCUGAGCACGGUGGUCUCGGCCCAGCGGACCUGGCACCAGCAGGGGGUUGAGGAUCGGGAGGCCUGGGCAGAAGUGCUCCUGCAGCUUGCAAACAUCACCAUACAUGACCUACGUGGAAGUUAUCUCUUUAAUUAUGCAUAAUUCUCCAGAGAAGAUGUGCAAUAAAC